ACACACUUGAGUGAAUUCCAAGAACCGAAAAAGAUUAUCAAUUCCUCUUAGUUUCAAUCUUUCUUACUUAAUUGUUCAAGAACAAGACACCCAAUUGGAGGUUUACCAAGAAAGUGUUAACCCCAUUUUGUAUUUCAAUUCAAUUAUGGAAAAAGAGAAAACUUUCACCAAUGGUGGAAAUGGAAUCCCCCAACCCUGGAAUUCCAUCUUUGGAAUGGAAAUUCAAGGCAGUGAGCUGAAUUGUAGCACAGACCGACUCCGGAAUUGCUAUUUCAACCCGAAUUGCGAGAAUUCAAUGGACCAGAGGGAUCUUUUUGAGUCUGCCUUGAGUUCAAUUGUCUCGUCGCCGGCGAAUUCCCACACCGGAAUCCCAAUUUCCGGCGGCGGCGGCGGCGAGAGCAUUGUUCUCCGGGAACUGAUUGGUAGACUAGGAAGCAUUUGCAAUUCCGGCGAGAUUUCACCACAAUCUCGCAUUAAUGGAAACCAUAGUAACAACACUUCUUGUUACGAUACUCCUUUGAGUUCACCACCACAGCUCAACCUGUCAAUAACAGAAAAUCAGAUUCCAGGGGAUUUACCAAUUCCAGGGAACCACCAAUUACCACUAUCUCCAUUCCCUACAGAUCCUGUAUUUGUUGAAAGAGCAGCAAGAUUCUCAAGUUUUGGUGGCAAGAAUUUUGGGCUGAAAGAAACUGAAUUCCCUCAUGUAGUGGAAUCAGCAAAGAUGUCAAGAGUCUCAAGUAGCCAAUCUUUCAAGAAUGGGUCUCAAUUCAUGGGAAUUCCAGACGACAAGGAUAGAAUUGGAGUUUCUGAUAAGAAGUUCAGCAGGCUAGCAAUGUCCUCCACUCAAGAAAACAUAGAAUUUGGUGAUUCCAUGGAGGAAUCAUCAGUUUCUGAACAAAUCCCAGGUGGGGAAACUGGCAUGAAAAGCCAGAGUACUAACACUAAUGGAAGAAAGAGAAAGGGGAUUCCAAAGGGAAAGGGAAAAGAAACUCCAUCCAGUACUAUCUAUGCAAAAGAUGACAAGGUUGUGGCAGAACUUGAAAAGGAAGAAUCAAAUGCAAAAAGAAGCAAGUCAGAUGAACAAGAAAAGGGAAUGGAAAAGGGAGAAGGGAAUCAGAAACAAACAAAGGGAAAUCCAAAGCCAUCAGAGCCACCAAAGGAUUACAUUCAUGUUAGAGCCAAAAGGGGUCAAGCUACUGAUAGUCAUAGUCUUGCAGAAAGAGUCAGAAGAGAGAAAAUCAGUGAGAGGAUGAAGUUUCUUCAAGAUCUUGUUCCUGGUUGUAACAAAGUCACAGGAAAAGCUGUUAUGCUUGAUGAGAUUAUAAACUAUGUACAGGCAUUGCAACGGCAAGUCGAGUUCUUAUCGAUGAAAUUGGCAACUGUUAGUCCGAGGAUGGAUGCCACCAUGGAAGCACUUCUAUCUAAAGAUUUGUUUCGGUCUCGGGUGUCUGUGCCAACCAGCAUGAACCCUUUUGAGAACUCAACACAGCCAUUCCCAUAUGGAUUCCAAUCUCAGAAUAAUGGCAUAGUUCUUGAUGGAUCAGAGAAUCAAUUUUCCAUGAACCCUUUAAUGGCGGCAAUGCAUCGCAAUUCAAUCGUGAAGCCAUCGCCCGUUGAUGGAUUUGCCGAGGCUUCAACAUUCUGGGAAAAUGAUCUUCAAAGUGUUGUGAAGAUGGCAUUAGGCCAGGAUCAGCCACAAAGCUUUCAUGGUCAAAUGAAAGUUGAACAAUGAGCCCAUGAUACCAAAUUUCCUUUUUAACAUAAAUGAGGCCCCAAUUAAGAGGCAUCUUUAAUUCUGUAUAGAGAG